CCAUUGAGAAAAAAAAAAAAUUUGAUAGUUACGAUAAUCGCUUAUAUCUAGCUUCAACCUUUUAAGAAAUUUAAAUUAAAUGUUUUCGGAAGCCAGUGAACACAAAAUGAACGAUAACACCGCAGAGCAGAAAAUUGAACAUGAUAAAAUAUUUGCUAAUAAAGCUAAUGAACGAAUUAGCAAAGGAAGUACUAGUAGUAAUGGAUCAGUAUCAUCAUUUGCAAGUUCAAGCUUAGAAAACCAAGCCAAAGAAAAAUUAGCACUCUAUGUCUAUGAGUAUUUGUUACAUCAAGGCGCAACACGUGCAGCACAAACAUUUCUUAGUGAGAUACAAUGGGAAAAGAACAUAUCUUUAGGUGAACCCCCUGGUUUUCUUCAUUCAUGGUGGUGUGUUUUUUGGGAUCUUUACUGUGCAGCACCAGAGAGACAAGAUCCACACAAUCACAGUCCUGAAGCAAAAGCCUUUCAUGACCUCAACUCUGGUAAUCUACCAUCACCAAGCUAUAUUCCACAACCCAAUAAUGACAUGUCAUCAAUAAGUGGAAUGCAAGCUAAUUAUUUUCAAUUUAUGAAUAAUCGCUAUUCACAAGCACGAACUCCUUCCAUGAGAAUGCCUAAUCAGGGAAUGGGACCAGGUGUUAAUCAAUCACCGUACACUUCAUUAGAUCCAACUUGUCAGCAGCAAGCAUCUGGAACUUACCAAAAUGCUACAAUGAUGAAUGCUAUGCGCGGUUUUAACAAUGGAAUGCCAUCAGUUCCUCAUACUUAUGGACACAUGGCACAAAUGAAUAAUACUUCAUUGAUGGGAGUCGGUCCAAUUGGACCUUCUUCUAUGCAAAUGGGACCUCGACCUGCAUGGAAUACCUCUUCAUCGUCUUUUGGCAUUGAUAAUCCGGAUCCUAUAAAAAUAGAACCCCACGAAGGAUUAGACGAUAUUCCUGUUGAAUGCAACGAGUCUGCUGAAAUACAACGAAUAAAAGAAUCAAUGAAAGAAGAAGUCAAGAAAUUCGAGUCCGAGAAUAAUCAAUACUACAAGAUGCACUGAUUAUAACAUUUAUUUCUCCCAUUGUUAAGGACUUAAAAAGUUCUUUGAAGAAAAUGCAAGAAUUAGUUGAUUUUUUUGAGAAACAGCUCGUCAAAAUUAUUUUUUAAUAAUACCAAACAUUACGCAACAUCAUACCAGACAUUACGCAAGCCUAAUUUUGAUAUAAACAAAGAAUUACGUUUUCUGGAUUUUAAAAAAAAAGAAAUUUUCUUAAGAAAAACAAUAUAUUGUAUAUUAUACUUUAAUUUUUAGUAUUUUUAAAUUUGGUCUCAGGUUAAACAUACUUUUUUGAUCAUAA